AUGAUUAUUCCAGCAGUGGUUCUUGUUUCACUAAGCUGGAUGAGUUUGUGCUAUUAUCCGACUUUCGCAGCAGGAAGCAGCUGCAGGGAAUCAGAAAGAGAAGCUCUUUCCAGAGUGAUGGCCGAUCUCCAAGACCCUUCAGGCCGGCUCUCUCCACGGGCUGCAGGCAGCAAUGGAGACUGCUGCAAUUGGCCUGGCGUCGUAUGCGACAACGUUACUGGUCAUGUCACUGAGCUCCAUCUGGAUUGUCCUCAAUGUUCUGAGGAUUCUGCAUUUAAGAGUAAGAUCAGUCCCUCCUUACUCAAGUUGAAGCACCUCAGUUAUCUUGACAUGUCAGGAAACAAUUUCCAAGGGACUCCGAUUCCAGGAUUUAUUGGCUCCAUGAGCAGCUUAAAUUCUCUUUUCCUUGACGAGUCUGGAUUUGGGGGAUUCAUCCCUCAUCAACUUGGGAAUCUCUCGAACUUGCAACAACUUGGCCUCCGGGCUGCUGCUGGUGAAGGUGGUGGGGAUGCGCCAUAUGCUGAUAGUUUGCGGUGGCUUUCUGGUCUUCCUUCGCUAGAAUACCUUGAUUUGAGUUACGUCAAUCUCAGCAAUGCUUCCGAUUGGCUCAACAUGAUAAACACUCUCCCUUCUCUUACAGAAUUGUACCUGUCAAACUGCCGAAUUUCACAUAAUCCACCUAUAGCAAGAGUCAACCUAUCAUCGUUGUCAACUCUUGAUCUGUUUCGGAAUCAAUUUGGUCCGACUUCAUUUCCAAGCUGGGUAUCUCAAUUGAAAAGCCUGACUUCGUUGGAUCUAGCAGGCAACAACCUUCAAGGUGCGAUUCCAGGGGAGCUUCAAAACCUUACCUCCCUCGUACAUCUUACACUGUCUUCAAACAAGUUCAAUGGUCCCUUGCCAGAUUGGUUGUUCAGUUUUCGCCACCUCGAGUACCUCGACAUUUCUGCCAAUAAGCUGGAAGGCAGAGUUCCUAAUUCCAUCGGGAACCUGACAUCUCUGGUUACUCUCGAUUUGUCGUUCAAUCGGGGUCUUCGAUUUGAAGGAGGGAUUCCAGCAUCAUUCAAAAGCCUCUGCCAUUUGAGUGUACUAUACCUGUCAGGCACAAGGCUGAAUCAAAGUGUAUCAGAGUUGCUCGAAAUCCUUGGAGAGUGUCCUUCUACCAGUCUAAAGCGAAUGUCGUUGUCAGAGUGCCAGCUGUUUGGUCAGUUGAGCGAUGAAAUUAGGAAGUUCAAGAGAUUAAGUCGCCUUUCCCUACAGAUUAACUCCAUUUCUGGACCAAUUCCGAUGUCAUUCGGGGAACUAAAAUCCUUGACAUACGUAACCCUCGCUAGAAACCAGAUCAAUGGGACAAUUCCCACAAGUUUUGGGGAACUUACCGAGUUGACGUGGGUUGAUAUUUCUCUCAACUCUAUGGGAGGUGUUAUCUCCCCUGAAAUCCACUUCGCCAAACUCACGAAGCUGGCUUGUUUCUUUGCAUCUGGGAAUCGGAUGACGUUGGAAAGUAGACCAGAUUGGAUUGCACCCAAGAUGCUCGAGAUACUGCACUUGAAUUCCUGGUACCUCGGACCUGCCUUCCCCAAAUGGCUCCAAGGGUUUCAGUAUCUCAAGUCUCUUGAUCUCUCCGACUCUGGAAUUUCAGAACCCAUUCCUGAUUGGUUCUGGAGCACGCAUUCUCAGUUCUACUAUCUGAACAUGUCACGUAACCAAAUCCCUGGACGGGUUCCAAAAUUUAUCUCAGUUAGUUCCUUUGACUCGUUGUUUGACUUCAGUUGGAAUAGAUUGGAGGGGCCUCUACCGGUUAUCUCCUCCAAUUUUACUGCAUUGGACCUUUCCAGCAACUUAUUUACCGGGAACUUGCUCAAGUUCUUGUGCUUUAAUCCAACUCAGGCGAGGGACACACAGUUUCUUAACCUUCAAGACAACUUUCUCUCUGGAGAGAUACCCGAUUGCUGGAGGAGUUGGCAGAACUUGAGGGUUUUGAGGCUGGGCAGCAACAACUUGAAAGGUAAGAUUCCGAGGUCAAUUGGAAGUUUAACCUCCCUUGUUUCACUACGUCUCCAGAAUAACAGCCUGGCCAAUGAAAUCCCUUCAUCAGUCAGCAACUGCACUAGUCUAGUAUCUAUCGACUUGGCCGAUAACAGGUUGGAAGGUAUGCUACCAGAGUGGAUGGGGAAAACCCUUUCGAGUCUCCGGAUCAUCAACUUUCGAGGGAAUAAGUUGCAUGGAAAUAUUCCUGAAGAGCUAUGCCGUCUCCAGCUCCUGCAAAUCUUGGACCUUUCUCAUAACUCGCUUUCAGGCGAAUUGCCAGAAUGUAUUUCCAAUUUCAGCGCCAUGGCAAACAGCUCCAAAAGUGAUGCAGAAGGAGUAAUAUACCUCUUCUUUGGUGGGGCGAAAUCAUUCGUGGAGUAUCAAUUCCUGGUGACACAAGGGCAGGUUAAGGGUUACAGCACCAUACUGAAUUACGUCAGGAGUUUGGACCUUUCCUGGAAUAAGCUAUCAGGAAAGUUUCCAAAGCAGAUGACGAAGCUAAUGGCCUUGCAGUACCUGAACAUGUCUCAUAAUUUACUGUCAGGUGAGAUCCCCGGGGAUAUAGCUGCCAUGGGAUCGCUGGAAUCCUUGGACUUAUCUGGAAACCGAAUCUCAGGGAAAAUCCCCCCAGGAUUGGCAAGUUUGACAUUCUUGAAUCACCUCAACUUGUCACACAACAACUUGAGUGGGAGAAUUCCUUCAAGCACCCAGCUCCACAGCUUCGAUCCAUCCAGCUUUAUCGCAAACAAAGGACUUUGUGGUCCUCCGUUGAAUGUAAGCUGCAUCACGAGUUACAUUUUUAGCGUACCUGAUUCUGGUGAAGAUGGCUUGGUUUGGUUCUCCGGAAGCAUAUAUGCUGGUUUUGUGGUUGGGUUUUGGGGCAUAGUUGGAUCUAUAAUAUUCUCCAGACCCUGGAGAGAGUUGUAUUUUGGUUUCCUAGAUGACAUGGAGUUCAAGCUGUGGACGUGGUUGAAGAAGCUGUAG